AUGGAUCAAGAUUGCCAUGGCGUUAAUAUCGGAUGGUUUUCAUCCGCUUUGCCUGCACUAUUGUCAAAUGGCACUCCACUUGCAUCCGGCCCAUUGUCCUAUGAAGAAUUGUCAUGGAUUGGUUCUAUGAGCAGUCUUGGGGCCAUUUUUGGAACAUUCAUAACUGGACUUCUAUCGAUGUUGUACGGUUCCAAAAGAACGAUAGUGUUCCUAGCGUUUCCCGUGAUCACAUUCUGGGUGCUUAUUCAUUUCGCUAAUACAUUUUACGGUAUUUUAUUGGCGAGAUUCAUUACUGGUUUGACAGGAGGCGGUUUCUCGUCAGGAGCUGUUCUAUUUAUAUCGAAAAUAUCGAAUGACAAUGUUCGUGGCCGUCUUGGCUCGCUGGUUCCGUUGGCUAGAAACAUUGGUGUAUUGAUGGCUUACAUUGGAGGUGCUUUGAUCGAAUACGAACACAGGCCGUAUAUUUUCAUCUUGCUUCCUAUAUCUUACUUGAUUAUGGUAUACUUUUUACCAGACACUCCUCAAUACUAUCUAAAAAUGGACGAUUUUGAGGGUGCUGAAAAAUCAUUGAUGUAUUACAAAGGAUGUACGGGCGAGACUGAUCGAGAAAAAUCUCUGCUGAAGACUGAAUUCGAUAGGAUGAAACUGUUGGAAGAAGAGCGAAAAAAUGGUUCAACCAUGCAAUUAAACGAUUUCUGCAAUUGGUCGGCGUUCAAAGGAGUUGCAACGUGUAUGGCAAUGUCAUGGUUCACACAAGUGACGGUUUUAAUGUACUAUGCAUCGUUGAUUUUCAAACUUUCCGGCUCGGUGUUCAGUGUUGACGUAUCAGCCAUCAUUUUGGCAAUUGUUCAAAUCAUCGGUGGACUCACAUCAACUCAAUUUGGCGAUACUUUUGGGAGAAAAACCACUUUUUUCAUAUCAUUACUCGGUUCAGCAUUUGGAUUAUUCAUUUUUUCUACGUAUUUAUGCUUCCUUCAUCAUGGUUAUGGCUCAUCAAAAUGCACGUGGCUUCCUGUUGUGUGUCUCUCUUUUGUCAUGUUCAUAUCUACCGCUGGAAUUUUGGCAUUAGUCCAUACGUGUAUCGUGGAAAACUUUCCACCAAAGAUUCGUCCGGCUGGCAUGGUCUUCUACUCAAUGAUAAAUGGCUUAGUUACAUUCAUUGUGGGAAAAUCGUUUCCAAUUUUGCUGGAAGUAAUUCAUUUACACGGAUUCAUGUUUCUUCUUGCUGUCAACUGUUGCUUUGGUUUAAUUUUUGUGGCUUUUAUGAAGGAAACCAAGGGAACAUCGCUAGAUAACAUACCGGAAAAUUUAUGAAUCUAUUAAAGUCAAAAUAAAAUUGGUUGAAAACGUAGAAAAAAAUUGAGUAAAACUGCACUAGAAUUUCGGAUUUUUUAUACGAUUUCGAUAUUGUCACUUCAAUGAACGAUUUGUGAUUAAACAAAAUUCAGAACGCUUGCUUGCAAAAAGCAAUCGAACUAGCUCUUGUAUAUAAUUUGUUCAUUGGCAAAGAUGGAGAAAAAUACAAAUUUUCAGUGGAAAAAUCCACGGAAUCAAUAUUAUGCCGUCAUUGCAGCAAAUCUGAUAUUGCUUAGUCAAGGAUGUUUAAUGGGCUGGAUUUCGCCAGCUAUACCAAAGUUAACAUCAGAAAGCACCCCGCUCACUUCUGGCCCAUUAACAACUCAA